AUGCACAUCAAAUGGUUCAUUUACCUUUUUAUAUCCACCUACGUUAUGGAUAAAAUCGGUUGCGAUAAGCACAUUCUUUUCACGACAUCGCGCUGUUUUCUAAAGAGCAAACUAAUAACCAAUCUGGAGUGCUCUAAUGAUAAUACCACCCUGUCGUUUAAGAUAGAUACGGUCAAAGAGAUUGAAAAAUGUUACGGCUUAUCUAAUAUUAAUUUCUAUGUAUUUGGCAACAAGCACACAAUACAACUGAGAAAAUUACGUACAGAGUUCUGCGAUGCUUUGACUGUGUAUAAGCCGCGCACUUUGAUGUCGUUGGUAAAUCAGGGCAUAUAUGGUUCGAUCAACAACUUUCCUAAACGUUGUCCUUUCCUUACGAAUACCACGUAUUAUAUGAACAAUAUGAAGUUCGAUGCGAAGUUUUUGCCCAACUAUUUAGCGGAAUACAAUUUUACAUUCAAUGGCAGAAUCUAUAUGAACAAUGUGCUGACGAUGGUGGUGGAAGUCAUUGGAUCCUGUUGUAAUAUCGGAAAUGACUGCAGAUGA